AUGUCAGACACGCUCCAGCCAGAUGAGGACCAGCACGUGCCAUUGCUCAGGCGAGGCGACACGGCAUGGCUCAAGGCUGAAAAAGGUGUUAUUGACGUGACGAUUUCCGAGCGAUUGAUCAAUAACGGGAAAUACUACUACCGGGUCGUGGAUAAAAGUGGUAACUUGUGGAAAGGGGGCAAGCUGGUAACAACACAAGACCUCAUACUCAAUAACUCCAGCACCUCACCAGCAUCUUCGUCUGUACCGACCCUCUCAGCUGAUCUCGUUGAUGAGUAUUAUGCAACUCAUUUCGGGCUUGAAUUGUUCCAAUGCAUCAAUGCACUUCCAGCAGACACGGACGAGAGGAUGAUGGUCAUCGAGAGCCUCCCACAGCUAUUGGAAGCAUUCGCAAGAAAACUAGAAUCUGAAGACUCGAAUCAGAUCCAUCGAGACAUUGCGACUCAUGUCCGAAAACACCAAAACCGCAUUACGACAACGUUGGGAGAUUGCAUCCUCGACCCAGCUGAGAGGCAUAAACUUGCACAGGGUGCGUCUCAUAACGCUGCUCGUACUUGGCUUGAGUCAAAUCAAACGCACGACGAUAUGACUCUCGAGUCCGUCGGAAAUGACGAGGAUCAGAAUGACGAACCGGACCAUAGCAGAGAUGAAUAUCUGCCCAAAGCACUGUCGGAUUAUUACCGAGUCGUGCAAAAUUCUUCUGCCUACGAAUGGCUUCGAGGGAGGCUUCGACGUGAAAUCCUAUACCCAAUUACUGGCAUUUCGCACAUCGCUCGAAUCCACGAAGUGGUAUUAGAGAAUAUUGCAUUUCUUAAGGUUUCUUGGCAAACGUCACUUGCUAAAUGCAAUGUGCAGUAUGUUGUCGACUGGGACCCAUUGGAUUUCGUGACCUCCCAGGACUAUGGUGAACCUCCAAACGAGGUGAUUAUCAGAGCGCUGACACUAACCGGCAGUCUUACGAAUGCCGAGGCACUCACAAGCGGCGAUUAUAUACGACGCACAUGGCCUGAUACUGGUGAGCAUUUCUUGCACCUCUUGCAAUUAUUACUCAAAAGCGGAAAGGGGGUUUCUCAUUCUGUGAGAAUUGACGAUAUAACUACCAUUCAAGCCUGCAUACGCAAAACAGAGUGUAUAUUUGAAGCUAGCGGACAACCAGACACAGUCGUCGAAAUUGGAGAGCAAGUCAGUUGGAUCAGCUGCGCCCUUCGUUCUUCAGAUGUUGAAGGUACAGUGUGCUGCUUCCCUAAGAUUAGGAAUGCAAUAGAGACUGCGCGAACAGAGACAUCCGUCUCUUUGAUGGUAGGAAUUUCCGCUUCAAUUCAAUCUACCAAAAUCAGACCGUCCUAUGACGGUUAUUGUUGGCAAAGCCUGUUUUGUCACCCAUUGCUCGUCCUAGGGUUUCCCAUUGCAAGCCGACCUACUGGAAUGCCCGGGUUGGAAAUGCCCUUGAUCACCAUGAUGACGCUAAUGCAGACACCUCGGAUCGUACCUUUCAAACAAAAGAUUUUCAUCAAAGGGGUUUCCACAAUGCUCGUGGGCGUCCAGGAAGUCAAUGGCGUGGUUAUGUGGCAUGCCAUUGCUAAUGGAAACGGAGAAUACAUCUACUAUCAUGAUGAACGGGUCAGCCAAUACGGGCCUACCUUGGACGAUUCACUUCUGUCUUUGGAUAUGACGAAGAGACGACACAUCGUUGGCUGGUGGUCUGAAGUCGAGAACUUGGCAGGAACAUCGCGUGCCAAGUUAAGUAUUCGAGGCAGUGGCCUGGGCCCUCCCAAGUCUGGCAUUGCUUUUGAAAGAGUUACUGUCGGUGGCGGCAAGUAUAUAACAGCAAGCGCCAACAUCGCACUCUGCAAUAGAGACAAGCCCGCCAGAAGCCGCAAAGAGGGGGCUUAUAACGACCAAGUACGCCAGGCGCUUAUAAACCAUGUUGUGCUUUACGAUACCAAAGAGCACAGAGCUUGGCUUCUAGAUGGUGCAACAGCGCUUCUGCAUCUCGCGAGAGCAUCUCUUGUUGCGGAUGAAAAAAACGGCUUUCGGUUGCUGCACAAAAAUGACGAUAUUCAAGAGGAGAAGGGAGAUGUGAAGACAAGCGCUAUUGGUAUAUUGACGAACCCAGAAAACAUGCGAAUGACGCUUUACGAUCAACCGGACGAGGUGGACACCAAAACCGAAGCCAAACACGUGAAAGAUACCACGGAUCCGGAGAAAACUGAGGUGACGCUCACGCACAAAGCCACCCACCAGCGAUUCAGCGAUAGGGUUAGUUUGUUAUACUCUGUGCUCGAAGAGAUCUUCAAUCAUCAGUCAGACAUGAGUUCUGAUGGCGUGGGACUAAAAAUAUCGAUGUCCCCACUCGAACGAUUGGAAGGCUUCGAAUUCAGGGACAUUGCAAACGGUGCACAAACGAUCCACCCGAAGGCGGUGAAUUUAGGAUGGAAAGGCAAGAGCUGGGUUGAUCUGCUGCGAAAUCUUCAUGCUGUGACGCUUUUUGGUCGGGAUUUUGGUGACAUACUUGAACCUCGAACGAGCCGCUCUCGCGAGAGUGCUCAAGUGCCACUCUGUACCAGGUGGGAUCGGGUUCCAUCGGGCCACAACUACUUGGCUGUAAGCAACAUCAGGCUUCAAGAGAUCCUCGAAAACUACGGCGAUCAAAGCAUCAGUCCUCUGCUUGUGUCGCGCGACCUAUACUGGCAUUGCCCGGAUAAGUACUGCGAGCAAUGCACCAUUGCUUCACCCGGAAACUGUCGCUGUGACCGGGUCCAGGUUAUCCUGCCGAAAACAUUCCUCAAUGCUCGCCACUUCCAGAGCCCGAAAGAAAUGCUUCGAGGAGCCUGUACCGUCAAGAACUCCAUCCCCCUUGCCGAGUACUCUAAGAACAUCAGCUACGCCUGA